AUGGCCGCGGCGGUGGGGGAAGGAGGAGCGCGCAGAGGAGGAUUGGGCGGAGGGGGAAUGGGGGGAGGGGGAUUCGGGGGAGGGCAGGGGACAGGUGAGGUGACGGGAGGUGUAGCAGGGGUAGCGGGAGAAGGUAGAGGGAAUGGAUUGAGAGGAGAUGCAAGGGCAGAGGCAGGGCGAGGAGCAGAGGAGGGGAGUGAGGUCGAGGUAGAGGAGGAGGAGGAGGGGGACGGGGCUCACCACAGGGACCGAGGGUGGGAUGACAGUAGAGGGCGGGAGGAGGGCGCAGGGCAGCAGGAGAGGGGUGGGAAACAGGAGGGCGGAGAGCAGCAGGAAGGGAGAGGGCAGCAUGAGGGGCAUGGGCAGCAUGAGGGGCAAGGGCAGCAUGAGGGGCAAGGGCAGCAUGAGGGGCAAGGGCAGCAUGAGGGGCAAGGGCAGCAUGAGGGGCAAGGGCAGCAUGAGGGGCAAGGGCAGCAUGAGGAGGCGGCAGGGGACGGGGCGGAGGGGUAUGACGUAGAGGAAGGGCAUGGAGAGGGGAAAUUGGUGGAGGAGAAGCAGCGGGAGCUGGAGCUGCUACAGGGGCUGCUUAAAGCGGAGAUGGAUGCGCAGGGUGGGGGGAGAUAUGGGGGUGAGGGGACGGAAGGCCAUGGGGGGAAGGAGGGGAAGGAGGGGAAGGAGGGGAAUGAGGGGAAUGAGGGGAAAGGGUCAGGUGGGAAGGAAAGGGAUGAUGAGGAGGAGGAGGAUCCGGAUGAGACGGAGCAAUGGGGGGAGGGGGGAGAACGAGUGGGCGGAACGGGGGAAAAGACUGAGAGGGAGAAGAGCAUGAGGGAAGGAUCGCGGGAUAAUGGUGUGGGUGGUGGUGGUGCUGGGGUUGGUGGCAAGUUGGCGUCCGAGUCGACAGGGAGGGCAGCAGUGGGAGGGGUUGGGGGAACAGCACGGGCAGAUGGUGGUGGGGCGCGUGGAGGAGGGAAGUACGAUGAGUGGGAGGAGGAGGGGGCGCUGGCACACUCACAGGGCAUGGAGGAAGGGGGAGGCGCAGGGGCUGCUAGGGAGAGAGGGAACGGCAGGGAGAUAGGGCGUGAGAAUGCAAGAGGGAAGGAGGAGGGGGAAGGAGAGGCGGGGAGUAAGGGCGAGAGUGAGAGUGGGAGUGAGCAUGAUGAGAUAGCUACGGCUGCUGGUGGCGCUGCUAGCACUGCUGGCGCUGCUGCUGGCACCAACUCGUUGCAUGAGGGAAGCACACAGCGUGGUGUGAAGCCGGAGGAGGACCAACAGUCAGUGCACCAAGGGGAGGGAGUGAGGGAAGAGGGAGCAGACGAGGAGGGAGGGGGAGAAGAGGAGGAAGGCACGUCGGUGGCAGUGGAGAGAGGGCAGUCGGACCAGCGCAAGCAGCUCAUGGAGCAGGAGGCUGCCCGCCGCAGCGUGCCAGUGGCAGGGCACAGAGAGACAGCAGCAGCAGAUGCAGGGCUGGUGGGCGACAGAGGUGGGGCAGGAGAUGCGGCACAGGUAGGAGACAGAGGGGCGGUAGGGGAUGCAGGGCAGGUGGGAGAUAGAGGUGUGGCAGGAGACGUGGGGCUGGUAGAGGGGGCCGGAAGGAGAACGGACGAAUCCUUGAGUGGAGAAACACGAGCAGCUGCAGCAGAGGCAGCAGCAGCAGCAGGUUUAGCAGGAGGGGAAAGAACAGCAACGCAGGCAGUGACAGGCUGGGGCGGGUUGUCGAGAGGAGAGGGCAUUUCAAUGGCUUCUUCCCUGCACAAGGAAGGGGGGCUAGCAGAGACACGUGCGGGGGCAGUGCUGCAGCAAGCCUGGCAGCGCAACAGCGAGGUGCAUCUGGUGGGGCCGAGGGAGUGUGCAGCAGCAGCGGGCGGCCUGGGCGUGGCAUUCACGCGCUACGCCCUUUUCAACCAAACCAUUUCCACCUUCCGGUCAUCGUUUGGCACUCCCCGCACCGACCUCGUGAGUUAA